AUGGACGGGCGGGUGACUCUUCCGGACAGCUACACCGAUAUUGAAAAACGUUACCCUACUGAUGCGGUUAACGACCCUCAACAGAAGGAUAUGUAUGGAACAAUCAAGCAAAUUAUGAAGCUGAAAAGUAGCAACCGGCACCUGAAAGCUUUACUCUCUAUCGGUGGGUGGGGUACAGCGUUGAACUUCACCGGAGCCACUAGCACGGAGAGCAACCGGAAGAAUUUUGCACUCACGGCUCUGGAGCUUGUGAAAGACCUGGGUUUUGAUGGAUUGGAUAUUGACUGGGAGGCCGAGAACUACGUCUUGCUUCUCGCGGAAGUCCGGACCGCGCUCGAUAGAUACUCCGAGAGAAGCGCUGCCGGAAAGAAGUUCUUGCUCACAGUUGCGUCAUCAGCGGCACCUUCAAACAUCCAAAUGCUAAAUCUGGCGGCCAUGGAUCGGUACGUUGAUUUCUGGAACCUUAUGGCGUACGACUACGCCGGCAGCUGGGAUAGCACCAGUGGCCACACGGCAAACGUCUAUGCAGACCCUGCGCAUCCAACCGACACCAAGGGCAACACAGAUUCCGCGAUUAAUUCCUAUAUUAAGCAAGGUAUACGCUCAGAUAAGAUUGUCCUGGGCAUGCCGUUGUAUGGAAGGUCAUUCAUGAACACGAAGGGCCCCGGGAUGCCAUUUCAGGGUGUGGGAAAAGGCACAUGGGAAGCCGGGGUGUGGGAUUACAAAGACAUGCCCCCAAUCGGAUCAAGACAGCACGACGAUGAAAGACUGAUCGCGAGUUACAGUUACGACGGCAGCACCCGGACCAUGAUCAGUUAUGAUACGCCAACAGUGGCUUUGUGGAAAGCGAAUUACAUCGUGGCGAGGCAUCUUGGGGGCGCCAUGUGGUGGGAAAGUAGCGGCGACAAGACAAAUGAUGAAAGCCUAAUUUCUACUGUCUUCCAUGGCCUCGGGGGAAAGCAGUCCCUAGAAAGAAGCCAAAACCAUCUGAGCUAUCCGGAGUCCCGGUAUGGUAACAUACGAGAGUGGCUCCUUUGA